UGUGAUUAAUGAUCGUUUUCCAUUUAGAUUCUGAUAAGAUAAAACAAGAAAAUAAACAAAAAUAGGUAUUGCGUCAUCAAUAUCAUCUUAUUCGCCCAUCCUUCAUUCCACUUCUAGUAUCCAAUUUUGAUACUAUUUCGCGCAGUUCCCCACUUUUGCAAACAACUUCUUUCACCCGCCGGAAUUCAGCUCAGAUCGAACUCCGGCAGCAAUCCAUAAUGACGACUGAACUACAUUAGAUUACCGUUCCGUAUCUAAAGCUUACGAUUUACGGAUCUUAAUUCACUGUUCGAUCACGAUUCAAAUCUUCGCCGCGAACCAAAUUUAGAGCUUACACGUAUAAUCACGCGCAUGUAUCUACGUUUUCUGUAGAGAUUCACAUUGUAAAUUCAUCAAAAUUAGGUGUAAUGCCGGAGGAAUUGGAAACUUACAGAGAGAGAGAGAGAGGUGAAAUGGUGAAGGAAUUACGCGUCUUCGCGGGUGGAAAAGGGAAUCGAAAGAGAGAAAAUGAGUAUUGAAAUCUUGACUAUCUUUGUAUCUCUAUUCUAUCAGGCUGUGUUUUUGAUUUGACAUGAACGGUGUUAAUUCCUAAGUUGCUGCUGAUAAUAAAUAAUUAAAUUCGCAAUCUCUAAUUUAAUGAAUUCUUUUUUUUUUUUUUUUUUUUUACAUUUUAAGAAGCGUAUGCACUAUGCAGUUCGUAUAAUUAUAAUUGCCAACUACGGAGCUGCGACUAUAAAUUUCCACAUUCCACCUUGUUGUCAAUAUACAAUCAUUUCCCCUGAAGAGAGAGAAAACAGAGAGAGAACCAGUUGAUUUCUUUUCUUUUUUCUUCUUUGCAAAAUGUCUCUGCUCUCAGAUCUCAUCAAUAUCAACCUCUCCGAAACCACUCCCAAGGUCAUUGCUGAAUAUGUUUGGAUUGGCGGCUCUGGUAUGGACCUUAGGAGUAAAGCAAGGACUCUUUCCGGACCAGUAACUGAUCCUUCAAAGCUGCCGAAGUGGAAUUAUGAUGGGUCUAGCACAGGACAGGCUCCUGGAGAAGACAGUGAAGUUAUCCUAUAUCCUCAAGCAAUUUUCAAAGAUCCAUUCAGGAGGGGAAACAACAUUCUGGUCAUGUGCGAUGCGUACACACCAACAGGUGAUCCAAUCCCUACAAACAACAGAUACAAGGCAGCAAAGAUUUUCAGCAACCCACAAGUGGUUGCUGAAGAACCAUGGUACGGUAUCGAGCAAGAGUACACUCUGUUGCAGAAGAAUGUUAAGUGGCCUCUUGGAUGGCCAUCUGGUGGUUUUCCUGGACCUCAGGGCCCAUAUUAUUGUGGAAUUGGAGCAGACAAGGCCUUUGGCCGUGAUAUCGUAGAUGCACAUUACAAGGCAUGCCUGUAUGCUGGAGUUAACAUGAGCGGCAUAAAUGGGGAGGUGAUGCCCGGCCAGUGGGAAUUUCAAGUUGGACCUGCAGUUGGCAUUUCAGCUGGUGAUGAGUUGUGGAUUGCUCGUUACAUUUUGGAGAGGAUCACCGAAAUUGCUGGGGUGGUUGUUACAUUUGAUCCCAAGCCUAUUGAGGGUGACUGGAACGGAGCUGGUGCUCACACUAAUUACAGCACCAAAUCCAUGAGGAAUGAGGGAGGCUACGAAGUCAUCAAGAAGGCUAUUGAAAAGCUGGGACUGAAGCACAAGGAACACAUUGCUGCAUAUGGUGAAGGCAAUGAGCGCAGGCUCACUGGAAAACAUGAAACAGCCAACAUUAACACAUUUAAAUGGGGUGUUGCAAACCGUGGUGCAUCUGUUCGUGUUGGGCGAGACACAGAGAAAGAAGGCAAGGGAUACUUUGAGGACAGACGGCCUGCUUCGAACAUGGACCCAUACGUCGUCACUUCAAUGAUUGCUGAGACCACCAUCCUCGGAAAUAAUUGAAUUGAGGAUGAUGUUUUAUAGUAUAAUGCUAUUGGCGUGGUUUUAGCGGACAAUUUGAUUGCUUUCUUUAGCCAGCUUUCUGAAUUAUUAUUCUCUUUGUUAGACCCUCCCAUUUCAGGCCUUCCUUGAUUGGGAGCCUACUUAAUAAGAGUUUAUAUAAUAUAUUAAUCAUAAUGUAGAAGGAUGGGCUUCAAUUGAUAUUGUUCAUCGUUUAUAUGAUAUACCCUAAAUCAAUGGUUGAUUGA